AUGGAACCGUUCAAGAUCAUCAUCGUCGGCGGCGGCAUUGCCGGGCUCGCAGCCGCCAUCGCCCUCCGCGGCGAGGACCGCGAAAUCCUCAUCCUCGAGCAAUCCGCCCUGCACCGCGAAAUCGGCGCAACCAUCUCCCUACAGCCCAACGCCUCCAAGAUCGUCGAAGGCCAAUGGGGCCUAGCGGCCGCGCUACACGCGCAAGGCUCGAUGGUGGACGCGGCCUUCGAGGUCUACGAUCUCGCCGGGCGCCUGCAGAACCGCAUCCCGCUGAGCACGCGCGAGAAGUACGGCGCCGAGCGCAUGAUCUAUCACCGCGCGGACCUGCACGAGGCGCUCAAGCACCGCGCCACGGGCGCUGAGUUCCCAGGCCGCGCCGCCUCGAUCCGCGUGUCCAGCCGUGUGCGCGCCUGCGACUGCGCCCGCGGCGCCGUGCAGCUCGAGUCCGGCGAGGUGCUGACCGCGCACCUGGUUAUCGGCGCUGAUGGCAUCAAGAGCGUGAUGCGCCGCGCUGUGCUGGAAAGCUCUAAGACUGGGAUCAACGAGCCCCUGCCUACGGGUUUGUGCGCCUACCGCAUGAUGGUUCCCACGGCAGAUUUGGUUAGGGAGCCCGCGUUCGCCGCGGUAAUUGACCCUCGUCUACCGAAGACGACUAUGGUUAUCGGCGGCGACCGACGUUUGAUCAUGGGCCCUGCGCGUCGCGGCUCCAUCUACGGUGUCGUGGCGCUCGUGCCCGAUGAGCGCAUGCAUGAAGACUCAGCCGAGACGAGCUGGACGACGGAGGGCGACCGCGAUAAGAUGUUGCAGACCUUUGCGGAUUUCCCCGCCUGGGCCCAGACGCCGCUGCGUCUGGCUGCUGGUGUCGGGCUCUGGCAACUGCGCGAUCUUGACCCCUUGCCUACCUGGUGCAGAGACAGGGUCAUCCUCAUCGGCGACGCCGCGCAUGCCAUGUUGCCCACUCAGGGCCAGGGCGCAAGUCAGGCCAUCGAAGAUGCCGAGGCUCUGGGCGCGUUCUUUGCCGGGUUUGAGCGUGACGGCCGCCAUCUGAAGGGCGCGGAUGAGGUCAGUCGUGUCACUCGCGAGGUCUUCGACUGUCGCUUCGACCGCGCCUCUACCAUCCAGGCUUAUAGUCGCCAGGUCGCGAGGCCAGCCACCGAUGCCGACACCACGCGCGUGGCGAUGAAUCCGGCCGAGUUUAUGGACUAUAAUUGCUCCUAUGAGGGGGCCGCGGCGUGGAGUCAGCGACAGCGGGAGGGGAAAGUGGUCGAGUGUCAUUGAUGAUACUGGGUAUGAUGAAGUAAGGCGAAUCGUAAGCAGGCACUAGAUUUCUCAAUGAUGGAUACCCUUUUGAUGAUCG